AUGUUCUUUCAUGCCAAGGGAAGGAAGCCAUCCCACGCCCGGAUAGGCACGAUCAGGGUCCCAUUAGAGGCCCAGAUGAGAUAUCUGGGCCUCAUAAUGGACGGCACCUGGUGCUUCAGAGAGCAUAUUAAUAGGCUGAUCCCCCGACUAAGGGUAGUGUCCGCCAGACUAGGCGGACUAAUGCCCAAUGUCGGGGAACCAGACAGGAAGGCUCGUCGCCUCUACGCAAGAAUUUUGAAUUCUGUGGCGCUCUACGGAGCGCCAGUAUGGGCGGAAGCCCUGGCCGCCAGUCGCCCGAUUCAAGCGCAAUUGCGCAAAGUGCAGAGGGUGCUGGCGGUCAGGAUAACAAGGUGCUACCGCAGCGUGUCUGGCGUAGCGGCGACGAUCCUGGCGAGCAUGCCCCCUAUGGAGCUCAUGGCCCUGUCGUAUCGCAACACGUACGACGGGAAGCGUGAGCUCCUACGCACAGAGGGGCAGGUGAACCGCUCGCCAGGGCUCUCAGGAAUAUGA